AUGGAUGGGACGUACGGGACCGUGUUCCCAACGAGCAAAGCAAUGUCCGUCGCGCCGAGUAGCAACGACGGCAAUCAAUACAAGGUCAAUGUGAGCCGCCAGAAGACAAAAAAAUGGGCCAACUUCAAGCCCCAAAACUACGACGGCGAUGACUGGGGUGACGAGUAUGGCGACCAAGACGACGACGAUGCCGACGACCAGCCCCCCGCACCUCCACCAAAGCCCCUCGGGCCACGUUUCCCGACAGGGAAUAACUCACCGACCUCGAGACAAUUCCAGCCGACUGGGUCCCCGCCUGUGCGAACCUUUCCGCAGCAGCAUCCUGCCCCGUCUUUGGCCGGGCUUCCAGUACGGUCCCAGACAGCUAGCCCGCCAUCCGUACCCAUUAGCGGCCCGCCGCGGAGGACGGGGACCGAUCCGUAUAGCUCAUCGCCGCGUAACAGCCCGGGAUACUCGCGACCGCCUUUCUCUCCCGAUGGCAGACGCGGGGGUUCCCCGGCACCACAAGGUGGCCAUCAACUUCCUUCGCAGCUUUCUUCCCGGGAAAAUACCAUGCCGGAUCUUGACGGUGGUGCGGGCGCUCUGGAUGCGAUGCGGCAAGCGAAUGCGAGCCCCCGGUCGAUUGAUAGGAGCGAGGCCCGCUCGGGAUCGCCCUCCAUCGCGGGAGCUUCGGCACCGGCGUCGGCUUCGGCUUCGGCACCUGGAGGAACGAAGCCCCCAGCCUUUGUCCGUCCGGCCGAUCUGUACCGACGGAUGGGGGAAGAAGCGGGUCGGUCCGGUGCCGGGCCUGUUGGUGGCCCGUUAAAUGAGACAGUUGGCGCAUCGGGAGCGACCGCUGUGGAUGCUCUUGAACAGAAACAGAACCAGGGACAAGGGCAGGAUCGGGGCGAGGGCCAGGGAGAGGUAACCUAUCACGACGAACAGUCAAAGUCUGUGCAGCCCGUUUCCUUUGGGGAUAUCCGGCGUUAUUCUACAAGCCCCCAGUUACCUGACCUGAGCCGCAUGUCGGCGUUCGGAGAGGAUCUGUUCUCCUCCACUUUUUUCCCUGGUUCAGGACUGCGCUCACCCCUUUCUGGUAGUCUGCAAUCCCCGUCGUCGGGUGAUUGCAUCCCGGAGGCCGACGAGACAGCAACGACAGAAGAACCGGCAAAGGGCCUAGUCCAAGCCACUGAAGCCACUGAUACGGGUGCUACUACCGGUACAACUAACGCAGGAGAACCUGCUGCUGCCCCGUCGCCGCCCGACCAACCCAAUCAAGACGGUCCUCUUGGGUUGCCGUUGCACCAAGACGCGACACAAGCGGCUCUCGAUGCACCUGAGCCGCCAAAGCCCGAUACGGCUGAUGCAGCACGGGAACCGACAUCUUCCACCGAAACGCAGCAAACAGUGCCCCAGCCAACCAGGCCACAACUGCCGGGUGGUUGGGUCACCGAGACACCCUCGACACCCGGCGACUUUUCUGCACCCGCUCCUCUUGAUCCAUCUUCUACUGAAAUAUCGGACGAGACGGCGAAAUCUCAAGACGCACUCGCCGCUGCGGUUGCCGCUGCUACUCCUGCGAUCACUGGGUCUUCACAGGACGCGACGAGUGCGGCAGACGGGGCUAGUGACAACAACGCUCCUACGGCCUUACACUCAGACUCACCGCGCGAUCUCCCCGUUUCUACAUCGAGCCCCGCUCCGAAUGUUACAAACGAGGAGAUGGGGCCUCCACAAACCUCUCCUGAAGCCACGCGGCAUCUCGCGUCGCCGUCCCUCGAUGUCGAAACCACCAAACCCGGCAGCCCCGGGCCAGCAACGGGGUCGACCGGACACUCCGAAAUCACCCCGACAGCACCGCUUAAUACUCGCCGAAGCACGCCCGAGAACCCUCCACCGCGUUUGUCUCCGCCAUUGCCAGCAGAUUCAACAACAGACUCGUCGAACAACUCUCCUGUCAAAGACAGCGACCUCCUCAGUGAAGAAAUCAUGAAGUCCCUGAGCCCCGGGCAACCUUCCACCUCUGCCUUUACCAAUAUAGCUGAAGACCCGGCGGCUGCUUACCAUGCCGCGGCGUCCACAGAUCCCACACGGGAGAGCAGCUAUUUGGGAGAUGUGUACGGCGACUACUGGUCGACGACCGAAGACAAGGUGGAACCGGGCCUGCUUCUUCCUGGUGCGGGAGGCGAGGUGCCGGAUGUCCCUCCCAUUCCCACUGAGGUUGUUAAAGGGGACAACGCUGUGGAGGCUCCGUCGGACUCUGCUCCUGGAGGGCCUUCUGAUGCGCAAUCCGGAAGCGUUUUGGGCGAUUCUACGCUUCAGAAACGUUUCUCGUGGGAAGGGUUGUCACAAGCAGCAGCUGCGUCCAAGACACCGCCGGCCGCUGGCCCUCCAACUGAGCAGAAAGCCCUCGGAUCUGGCCUUGAUAAUGUGGUCAAUAUCGAGUCGGUUCCCGGUGCGCCGGAGGUGAAUCCGUUGCAGUCCUCUUCUGCCCGGGAAGCGGAGAAAUCAGCAGAAGACCUGAGGGCCGAAUCAGCCCCCGAAUUCAACCCAGCCGCGACGCUCGGCGCGUCAUUGGGUCUCAACAAGCACGACCGGUCUACGUCGCUAGGGUCGGAUUCCUCUAACGAGCCAAGCAAUACGAAACGCCUCUCCCUAGCCGAAGAAAAAGAGGUUCUCCAGGACUCUUCACACCCCGUGUCCGCCUCACCGCCCCUCGAGCAACACCCCGCUUUUACGAGAGACAGCGAUCAACAACACUCAGGACUCCAACCUGUGGGACCAGCACCAGGGAGCAGCCGCGGGGGAACCGGGAACGGGAACGCGAACAACCUGGCCGCCUCAACAAACAUCAUCAACUUCCGUAACAUCAUGGAGAUGACUCUUGCCUCGGACCGUAUCCGCCUGUACAACGAGACACGCACGCAGUUUGCCGCCCUCGAGUCUGGUCUUGGCGAGUGGGUGCAGGUCAUGACGUCGGCGCAUCCGGAGCAUGCUGAGGGGGUGUUGAUGGCCCACGCGGCCGCUGCCGCACCAUUGCACGACGGGACCGCUGCUGGGUUGAGUGGACUGGGUGGACGCGGACCGGCGUUGCAUAUCCCGCAGCAUCUUCAGCAUGGGUUGAGCGGGUUGGGGCGGUCGGGGAACCAGGCUGGGACGAAGAGUAAGGAGUUGUUGAUGGCUGCGGGGAAGGCUGGGAAGGGGUUGUUUAGUAAGGGGCGGAAUAAGCUUAGGGGGGCGGGAGGAGGUGGUGUUUGA